AUGCAGAUCAUCGCCCCACUCGUGGCUCUCGCCGGCCUUGCAACAGGAGCGCUCGCCGACUCGACAUGCAGCGGCCCCAACGUGCGGACCCAGCCGCCUGCAGGUGCCAUCGUUGUCGACGCCACGGGCUCCUACAAGAACAGCUUCAAGACUGUAUCGGAGGGCGUGGCACGGCUAGACCCCAACACGACGUCGGAGCAGACGAUUUUCCUGCGCCCGGGUGUCUACAACGAGCAGGUGCUCAUCUCGCCGCUGUCGGGCCCGCUGGUGCUGCAGGGCUUCACUUGCGACGCCUCGACCUACACCAAGAACGAGGUGACCAUCACCCAGGCCAAGGCCCAGAAAGACAUCCCCGCCGAAGUCAAGGGCGAGGCCCGUAACGACAUGACCAGCACGGUGCGCUUCAAGUCGGACAAGGUCAAGGUGUACAACCUCAACAUCGCCAACACGGCCGGCAACGUCGGCCAGGCCCUGGCCGUCAACGUGAACGCCACGGACUACGGGUUCUACGCCUGCAACCUGACUGGAUACCAGGACACCGUCCUGGCCGACAAGGGAAAGGAGCUGUACGCCAAGACGUACAUCAACGGCGCCACCGACUUCGUCUUCGGCCGCUACGCGCAGGCCUGGUUCGAGUCGUGCGACAUCGAGACCAUCGGCACGGGUUACAUCACGGCGAGCGGCCGCGAAGCCGCCAACAGCUCGGCCACGUACGUCUUCAACCGCGCGCGCGUGUUCGGCAAGAGCGGCGUCAACUCGACCGUCCUGGGCCGCCCGUGGCGCCCGUACGCCAAGGUCAUCUGGCAGAACAGCGAGCUGGGCGACGUGGUCAAGCCCCAGGGCUGGGCCACUUGGGACGCCACCUCCAGCACUGCCAACGUCGUCUUCAAGGAGUUCAACAACUCGGGCCCCGGCGCCGUCAAGGGCAGCCGAGUGGCGUUCAGCGGCCAGAUCGACAAGCCCGUGGCCAUCAACGAAGUCCUCGGCGAAGGCUACGAGACCGAGUGGUGGGUCGACACCACAUACCUGUCUUAG